CUGUGUUCUUCCCUGCAGGGUCCUGGGCUGGGCUGGCGCUGGCGAUGGCGCUAGUAUUAGGGCGGGAGGAGGAGCUCCUGGCGCAGCUCCGCGCGCUACUGACGUUCCUACCACCUCCUGCGUCGCCCCCGGCGCCGGCGGCUCCCGUUAAGGUGGAGUCCAUCAUGGGCACUAGUGGCGGCGGACGACGACUGGGGAGCAAGAGAGACCGGGACGACGACAGCGAAGCCGAGGCCGAGCAGCACGGCGACGAACCUGCGGCUGCGCAGCCUCACUAUUGUCCUCAUCCUCCUCCUCCCUGCAAAAGGACGAGGAGGAGGAAGAAUAAGAAGAAGCGGCAGCAGAGCAAGUGCCUUGUGACGACAGUGCCCGACUUCGACGGGUACCAGUGGAGGAAGUACGGGCAGAAGCAGAUCGAAGGUGCCAUGUACCCCAGGAGUUACUACAGGUGCAUACAGAGCGCCAAGCAAGGCUGCCAGGCAAAACGGACGGUGCAGCGCAACGACGACGACGGCGCCACCGCACCCCCAGAGUACACGGUGGUGUACGUGGCGGAGCACACCUGCACGGCCAACGACGACGCGCUGGAGGCCCCGCCGGUCAUCCUGGAGACCACCACCAGCGUCGUCGUCCGUGCACCUGCAGCACACACCGAUCCCGUCGUCGUCGUCGUUCCGGCAACGGCAACUACGUCAGCCGCCGCCGCCGCCUCCGCUUGUUCCACCACCGUCACCACGGGGACUGAAUCUCCGGCGAUCUCCGGCGACGACGUGGCCUGCUGCUGGAGCAGCAGCGGCAGUAGCAGCAGCGGUUACAGCUACGCCGACGACUCCUGCUGCUGCUGCUGCUGCGACGGGUUGCUCGCCGCUGUCGUCCACGGUGGCUGCGGCGGCUCGUGGGCCCCCGGACCGGCGGAUUCGGUUUCGGUGCCGUCGUUCCGGUUGCAGGAGAUGGAGGACUUGACCGGACCGAUCCGGUCGCCGGUGCACGUUGUUCCCCGCGCCUGGUUGGACCGUUGACCCGCUAGUCCCUGUGCUGCAUGCAGCUCGUUGAUGAGAAUGAGAUGAGCCAGCCGCUUUGCUGCUGCUGCUGCUGCUGCUCUUUCACCUAGUUGGUCUCCGUAUCUUUUAGCUCUGGUGUCGAUGGACGUGCAGUUUGUCUGUACUGUGAUAAUGGAGUUGCCUGGCCAGGAGAACAAAAUCAUGGUAGUUUUGGAACCCCAUUUUUUUCAGAAGUUUUUAAUUUUCCC